AUGAGCUUCCACAUUACCGAAAUAGCUAUACUUGCUAUAUCAUACCUGCUCUACAAACUCACAAAAUUCCACCUCUCAUCCCGCGCCUUCCAUUCCUUUGCCGUAAAAAACAACUGUCUCCCCCCACCAACCCAACACACCACCCUCCCCUACGGCCUUGAACGCUACCUAAUCCUCUUCACCGGCUUCAAAGGCAUCGACAUCCUCGAAACCUUAAUCCGUCCCCGCUUCGCUAACACCCACACCAUCGCCAUCCCCUCCCUAAAACGCCAUCUCUCCACCGUCUCGCCCGAGAACAUCAAAACCAUCCUCGGCACCUCCUUCGCGGACUACUCACUCGGUGCCUCCCGCGCCGCGAACCUGGGUGAUUUGAUCGGCCAUGGGAUUUUCACCGCUGAUGGCGAAUCAUGGACGCGGUUUCGGGCGCAACUGAAGCCGCAGUUUACGCGGGGCCAGAUUGGGGAUUUGGAGGUUGCGGAGAGACAUUUGGGGGGUCUGUGGGCGGGGCUAGAAAGGGAGGCGGAUGGGGGAUGGGAACGUGGGGAUCUGGGGAAGGGACUGAGGAGGUGGACGUUGGAUGUUAGUAUGGAGUUUUUGUUUGGCGUUGGUUCUGGGAGUCAGGUUGGGGAUGGGGAAAGUGAGAAGAAAGUGAGGUUUGCGGAGGCGAUGGUGGUUGCGCAGGAGACUAUUAUUGUGAGGUUGAGGUUGGGCAAGUGGUAUUGGCUUGUGAGUCCGAAGAGGUUUAGGAUGGCUUGUAAGACUGUGAAGGAGUUUACGGGGGAGUGUGUUGAUAGGGUGCUUGCUCCGGGAUAUAAGCCUGUGGGAGAUGCGAAGAAAUUCGUUUUGAUGGAGGAGUUGGCGAGGCAGACCGAGGAUAGGACGGAGAUUCGGGAUCAGUGUUUGCAUUUGCUGUUGGCGGGGAGAGAUACUACUGCCGCGUUGUUGGGUUGGUGUAUUGUGCUUCUUUCGAGACAUCCGACUGAGUUCGAAAAACUGAGGACGACAGUUUUGGCGCAAUUCGGAACUUCGAGCGCGCCGAAACAGGAGUUGACUUUUGAAUCUCUCAAGACGUGUAAGGAGCUUACGCAUCUCGAGUAUGAGACACUAAGACUUUACCCGAUCGUGCCUCUGAAUUCGCGAGUUGCGAUACGAAAUACAGUGCUGCCGAACGGAGGGGGACCUAAAGGAGACUCGCCGGUAGCGGUAAGAAAGGGUACGACGGUGGGAUAUUCCACCUAUGUGAUGCAUAGAAGACAUGAUAUUUGGGGCGAGGAUGCGGAUGAGUUUCGACCUGCGAGGUGGGAGGGGCGGAAGUUGGGUUGGGAGUAUAUUCCUUUUAGCGGCGGAGCGAGAGUUUGUAUUGGUCAACAAUAUGCGUUGAAUGAAGUGUCAUUUGUUCUUGUGAGGCUUCUUCAGCGGUAUGAUAAGAUCGAGAGUCUGGACGAUGGGCCGAUAGUGAAGCAAGUAACGAUGACUCUUUCUCCUGCGAAUGUCAGCGUUAGGAUGCACAGAGCAGAUGCUUGA